UUUUUUCGACCUUUCAAAAAAAAAAAAAAAAAAAAAAAACUAUUUUUUCUAACUACUUCCGUUCCCGACUGAUCUUCUUCAAUUUAGCACACAGGGAAACCAAUAAGUAAACGUCUCUCUCGCGUGCGCCACCUGCUUUUCAGAUCUCGACUCUAAUCAUGACAACUUCAAGACGUCUUGCAGAUAGGAAGGUGGAGAAAUUUGAAAAGAAUGUCAAGAAAAGAGGUUUAGUUGAAAGCGCACCAAAGAAGGGAAAUUCAUAUCCUGUUGGACCUGUGUUACUUGGAUUUUUUGUGUUUGUUGUAAUCGGAUCAUCUCUAUUCCAGAUUAUCAGGACAGCCACUAGUGGAGGGAUGGCUUAGAGAUAUCGAAACGUCUUGCAGCUGAUAAUGUAGACUAUAACGUGUUCUACUUUUAGUUUGGGAUGUCAUGAAAAUGUUGUUGCUGGUGUCUCUUAGAAAUUAUGUGAAGGUUAAUUAUAUGCUGAGAUUAUUGUGGAAAUUUAGUUUUGUAUUUUUACGAGGUUAACACUUAGAAAUUUUACAUUCGUACUCGUGUAGUCAUAUGACUUCUAUAUAAUAUCUUGUGCAGAAUUGGUUAUUAGUAA